AUGAGCCGUGUCACGCGUGUCGCUUCGCACGUCAACGCGAGCUUGUCCGCCGAGGACACACAGCUCGCAGCAACGCCAACCGCAGGCUUCUGCACAGCAGACAAGGCGGAUGAUGACGUGGUGAUCUGCUGUGCCGCCCGCAUGGCCCUUUGCAAGGACAUCGGAGACAUCCAGAUCGGCAACGUGCUGCAGCCAGGUGCCAGUGGACUUACAUCUCGCAUGGGCCAGUUCAUGGUCGAGCUGCUGUUUGACAUUCCGCUCAGCACUGUCAAGCGCCAGUGCGGCAGCAGCUUGCAGGCUACCGCGAAAAUCGCGGCAUUCAUCAAGGCGGGUGGGAUUGAUGUUGGCCUUGCCGGGGGUGUGGAGAACAUGAGCAUGUUCCCCUUGAUGGCCACCAUCGACAUCACCAAGCUGUCCCCGAAGAUUAUGGACUACCAAAACGCUGAGGCUUGUUUGUUGCUGAUGGGCUGGACAUCCGACACUGUGGCAGCUGCGUAUCACAUCUCCAGGGAGCGUCAGGAUCAGAUGGCAGCAGAUUCCCACUUGAAGGCGCUCGUUGAAGAAUGGCUGGUUCAAGGAGGAGAUCGUCCCGCCAUGCAGCGUUUGAGUGUCCUGGCCGGACACGUCGUCUCGACGAGUGCAGAGGAACUGCUGAACCCAUCGCCAGUAGCCAGCUACUGUGGGGUUGAGAAGUCGGACGAAGACAUCGUCAUCUGCUGCGCAGUAAGAACGGCAAUCACCAAAGCAAAGAAGGGUGGCUUCAAGGACACACCGCCUGAGGAUAUGCUUGUCCCGCUCUUCCAGGAGAUCCAGAAGAGAACAGGAGUGAAGCCCGACUGCAUCGGUGACAUUCAGAUCGGCAACGUGAUGCAGCAGGGUGGUGGAGCUCUGACCUCGCGCCAGGCCCAGUUCAUGGCAGGGCUGCCAUGCACAGCAGGGUUGAGCUCGGUCAACCGUUGGUGCAGCAGCGGAUUGCAGGCAGUGGCCAACAUUGGCGCUUCCAUCAAGGUGGGCUCCAUUGACAUUGGUCUGGCUGGGGGCGUGGAGCAGCUGUCUUUCUUCCCCAUGGGUGAGGGCCUGGAUUUGAAUAAGUUCUCCGAGCACAUCUUGGCCGUCGAGGAUGCCAAGAACUGCUUGCUGCCCAUGGGCAUCACGUCCGAGAACGUGGCGGCGAAGUAUGGAAUCUCUUUCGAGAGGCAAAAUGCCUUGGGCGCCAGGUCGAACGACUUGGCGAUCGCGGCUCAGAGAAAUGGUUUGUUCAAAGACGAGAUCGUGCCGAUCAAGACCAAGACCAUUGACAAGAAGACGAAGGCUGUCAAGGAAGUCCUUGUUGACACAGAUGAAGGCCCCAGAGCCGGCACUACGGUAGAAAGCCUAGGCAAGCUGAAGCCGGCCUUCAAGGCAGGUGGAACCACCACAGCUGGCAACUCGAGUCAGGUGUCCGAUGGCGCAGCCCUGGUUUUGGUGGCCCGACGAUCUGAGGCCAAAAAGCACGGCUUGCCAAUCCUGGCACGAUUGCGAAGCUUCGCAGUUGCUGGCUGUGACCCGGCACUCAUGGGCAUCGGGCCAGCUGUCGCCAUCCCGAAAGCACUGGAGAAGGCAGGCUUGACUGUUGCCGACAUCGACAUUUUUGAGAUCAACGAGGCCUUUGCAUCCCAGGCAGUGAUGACGGUCGACACCUUGAAGAUCCCCAUGGAGAAAGUGAACCCCAAGGGUGGCGCAAUCGCACUUGGCCAUCCGCUGGGCUGCACCGGAGCCCGGCAGAUUGCAACUCUUUUGCCAGAGAUGAAGCGUACCGGUGCCAAGUUUGGCCUGUGCUCUAUGUGCAUUGCAACCGGGCAGGGGGCCUGUGGCGUGUUCGAGAAUGAGCAGUAA